AUGCUACCUAACAUUUCAGAUCAAGUUUCAGAUGACAAACUCUCUAGCAAUCACACUCAAAGCCGUGACUUCGAUAACGUUAAUCUUGCGAAAGAUCCAAUCAUGGAUGAACAAGAGAUAAAAUUAUUAGAUGCUUUAAACACGUUCAUUUCCAUUAUAAAUGAUGAUGAUUAUACAAAUUAUAAUGAAAAAUCCAUCAAUUCUAUAAAUAAAAGACAAAAUUUCAUUGCUAAUUUUAUUCGGAUCCAUCUAUUAUCAUAUUUAAGGUUUGUUCAAUAUAACUUGAAUAUCAAUUAUUCCAGAGAUUUGAUUUAUAGGGAUAUAUCACUUCAAUGGUGGAUCACCCUUUUAAACUAUUUAAAUUCAAGACCGCCAAGUUUUAAUUUGAAUAAUGCAAAUCAUCUAAUUCAUUAUUCAGGGACACCAUAUUUUUCCAUAGAUCUUUUAUCCGUCAUUCUAGAAUCAAUAAGUAGAUUAUUAACUAUUUUAUUGCCCACAUCAAUUCAUUCAAAUCAUAUCUUGGCAAUUUAUUCGAACCAUAUCUUUUUAACAAUCAAUUCAUUAACAAAUAAAUUAAUCUUAACUUCUAAAUUAUUAAAGAAUUUAAGUGAUUUUGAUUCGAAAAAUGACUCAACUUUGAAAAAUGAUUUGAAAAGUAAUAAACUUAAAUCAAAAGGUAUUCAAACUCCUAAGGAAGCAUUAGUUAUAAAAUAUUUAAACGAAUUUCAAACAGUUUUAAGAUCAUUCAUUGGUAAAUUAAAUGCUUUUGCAUUUGUUUAUUUGCCAGAUAUUUAUAAUUAUGAUGUAUUAUUAUUAAAUGGAUUAUUUUCAAAAUUACAAUUAAAUAUUUCAUAUUCAACUUCUCCUAUUUCAACGAGUACUACCGAUGAUAAUACUAAUACUAAUAAUAAUAAUAAUAAUAAUAAUAAUAAUAAUGACAUUUAUUUAUUUGGUAAUUGGAAAAAAACCGUGUUUACCAUUACAUCUAAUAAGAAAAAUUCAAUUCAAAAAGAUAAUUUUGAAAAUAUUAAAGAUUUCAAACCUACUCUAGCAACCCUCAAUUCAAAACAGUCUUCAAUGAUUCCAAGUGAUAUUGCUACUUUUAGAAUUCUAAUCUCAUACUUGAAAAACGACUCAAUCUUUUUAUCAUUUUACUGGCAUUAUUGGUAUAUUGUUAUUAAAAAUCUACAAGAUUUCUCCAAGAUUGAAAUAUUAAAUAAAGAUUCGUUGAAAUUUAUUACAGGUUCUGAAAUUUUUUUAACUUUUGUUACAAGAAAUUUUUUAAAAUCUGAUUUUAAUAAAUUUCAAAAUUUUAUCAAAGUUGGUGAAGGUAUUGAUCAAGUUUCAAUCUUAACAUCAAAAUCAAAUACAAUUCCAAAUAAUUUAAAUAAUGGCAAGAAGCAAUCGUCGAUGUCAUCCACUAACAAUUCAUCAAAUAUAGUUUCUAAUUCACAGUUAAAUGAAUUUAUAUUUAAUAAUUUCAAAUCAAUAAAGUUAUGGGAAUGUCUACGAAAUUUAAACGAUUCAUUCUUAAUUGAUGUUCAUAAUUCAACUGUUACUGAUUCAAAAAUAACAGCUCAUCAAAAUCAUAAUUUUAAAGACUUGUUAAUUUUACAUGAUAAUUAUUUAUUGGAUCAUAUUUCGAAUAAUUAUACUGCCUUAAACUCAACUAUUGCUAAUUUAACUUAUAAUAAACUUUUUCAAUUCAUCAUUUUUCAAUUUCAACAAAAUUGUAAGAAACCAUUAAGAAUUUCUAAUACUGAAUUGUAUUCUUCUUCAACUGAACUGUUAGCAUCGUCUACAGAUUCUAUAGAUCCAACAAAUUCUCCUUUGGACUUUUUAGAUUGGAAUCAAUGGGCAAAGGGCUUGCUCUCAUUAAUUAAGACUUCAAAUUGUGAUAAUCAGACAAUUGCCUUACUAUUUCUAAUUAAUAAUUGGGAUGUAAUUCCAAAAGAUUAUACAAUUAAAAUUGCGGAUGAAUUGAUAUCAAAUUAUUGGUUCGAUCUUUCUAAGGAUUCACAUUUGGAAAUUGUGCACAUAUUAUUUAUAAAAUUAAUUGUCUUUCGUGUAGUUCCGCAAUUAAAUAAGGCUUUAAAUGAUGAUGAUGAUGAUGGUGAUGAUAAUACUAAUAAUAAAAUAUCUGGAGAUAAUAACACUAAUAUUUGCCUUCAGAAGCAAAUGUUGGAAACUAUUAAAACCAAUAUUAAUGGCAUACAUUCUACUAUUAAAAUAAUGGUUCAAGAAUUAGGCUAUAUACCAGUUAUCCCCAUAGAUGAAAAUGAAGAUAGUUUACUCUUUUUUAAAAAUAGAAAAUUAUCAAUAGUAACUAAUAAUCAAGCUCUGGAAACAGAUUUAAUUAUCAGAGCAGAAAGAUUAAAUGAUCUAAAUAUUUUAGCACCAAAAGUUUUGAAUUUCCCAACUGUUAGUUCUAUCGCUAAUGUAAGACCAUCAUAUCUUUUAAAGCAUGGGAAAUAUCCUUAUGAUGUAUUGGAUGAAAUGAUAUUUAAAAUGUUGUUAACCUCUUCUCAACAAGCUGCUUUUAAAUCUAUUAUUCAAAAAGGUUAUUCAACUUCGCAAAGAUCAAACAAUAAAAGUUCUAAUAAUAGCAAUGAAUCCAAUCAAAAGGUUGAUUCUAAACCUUAUAACGAUACAGACUCAUUAUCAAUUAGAAUUGGGGGCUGGUUUUCCAAAUUAAGCACAUCUGUAGAAUCACCAGAAAAACAAACUACGUCGAGCCGGGGUAAUAAGGCUAGUAUUGAUAAUCCUUAUCCAGUUUAUCAAAGUAGUAUUAAAAAUUGUAUUAUAGAAGAAACUAUGGCAGAAAAAAUUUCUAUUGAUAAAUUAGAUACAAUAACUAUCAGUAGUGUUGAUAAUAAGCCAGUACCUGAAAUAUCUGCAACUACUUCAACAUUUCUAGAUUCAUUGUAUUCAUUUUCAAGUAAAUCUAAUAAUCAAACUUUAAAAAAUUCAGCAGCAGAUUCUAAUAAGAGAAAAGUAAUUAGUCCACCUGAAUUAAAAUAUUCUUCAAAUAUUAAAAAUGGUAAAUUAUUGCCUGUCCUGUUUACUACUAAAAUAUUACCAAUGAAUUCACCUAUUGAUAAGAUUGAAAAAGCUAAUGAUCACUGGGGUAUAAUUACAGCUAAAAAUUAUAAAAAAGACCUGCCAACUAUUCCAUCUGAUAAAUCAAAUGGUAGCGUAAAUAAUUCAGAAAAUACUUUAGAAAAAAGCAUUUUAGAUUCCAUUAGCUCAUUAGAAAUGACUCCAGAAUUUAGUAGUAAUACAAAGGAAAACGAAACUAUAAUUGCGAAUGAUCAUUAUUCUAUGGACAAGGAACCUACUUUACCAAAAAGUAAUGACUUCGAUAAGAUUGUACAGGCACGUUAUUCAAUAAUUAAACCUAACAUGAGAAUAUUUAGCAUUAAAUCUAGUCCAGAUAUUCCUUACUCUGAAAUAGAAAAUAAAAACAUUAAUAAUGAACUUUCUAUUAAUAUUCAAAAUAACCCUUCUGAUAAUACUAUUAAUGAAAUGAUGGGGAAUUCUACGAUAUCAAAUGAAGAUAAAAAGAAAUAUUUAAAAAUCUUUAACAGAAAUCAACAUAUGUUAUUAGAAACUAAGUGUAGGAAAUUCAUUAAAGCAUUAGAUAUUUAUAACAAAACAGUUGAUGAAUAUUCUAGAUAUUUAACCUUUAAAGAUCAUGAAAAUUUCUUUGUUGAUUUUGAAGUAAGGCCAUCCCCGGGAUAUGACUCACUUCAUAUUAAAUUAUAA